CCAGCCGCUCGGCGUCGUCACCGCGGUGCAUUGUGGUCCCGUACGGUCCUGACACUGGAAGCUAACAGAUGAAACUACACAGGGUGCUGCUAGCUGGCUGUAUGAAGUGCACAAGGAUAUAUCCUCCUUUUGGUGGGAACUUCAGUUCUGAAAGUGUUUCCCCCUCAAGAACAAUUGGGACCCGAACCCCUGUCCUUUGGAGUGCCAAUACUGUACUCUACCCACUGAAGUACUCUGUGCCACUUGGAAAUAGAAAACUGGGAUUGUGCAGCAGGAGUUACAGCAGUGUUGGUUCAGAUGCAGUCUGGGGUCAAACAUGUCAACACAGAAGAUCUCAUCAGUCUGCUGCAGUGAGGAAGGAGAACCUGCUGCAAGGAGGUGCACCAUGGCCUGUGUCCUUUAUCCGCUACAGAGUGUCAGACGUCUCCAGUGUGUCUCCAGCUGUUGUAGUGAUGAAUUUUGACCAAGAGGGAAAUGUGACAACAUUUGAGAAGAAGAAAACAGAGCUUUGCCAGGAGCUAAGUCUUCAGGCCAGAGACCUUCGAUUUCAGCACAGUACCAGCUUAAUAGCUAGAAACAACUGCAUUAUCAUACGGAUGGAGUCUUUAAAAGCCAUCGUGACCCCACAGUCCUUGUUGGUGUUGGAUUUUCGUGGUUUUGGAUUGGAACGUUGGUUGGUACUGGAGCUGGCCCCUCAGCUAGCAUCACAGUCACACUCUCUGCCCUUUGAGUUCAGAGCACUGGAGGCCAUCCUGCAGCACAAGGUAAACACUCUACGAGCUCAGCUGAAUGAUGUCGAACCAGUAAUGUUGGACACAUUGGAAUCCCUGGUGGAUCCUAAAAUCCUUUCCGCUGAUAGAAGUAAACUACAUAUACUGCUGCAGAACAGCAAGAGCUUAUCAGAGUUGGAGACUGACAUCAAAGUAUUUAAGGAUACCCUGCUGAAGAUAUUGGAUGAGGAGGAGAUCGUUGAAGAACUCUGUCUGACCAAGUGGACAGACCCAAGAGUUUUUGAGGAGAGCAGUUUGGGUAUUGACCAUGCUGAGGAGAUGGAAUUUUUAUUGGAGAAUUACUAUAUGCAGGCUGAAGAGCUGGGGAACAAGACCAGAGAGCUGAAAGGACUGAUAGACGACUCUGAGAGUGUAAUCUUUAUCAAUCUGGACAGCCAUCGUAACGUGAUGAUGCGCCUGAGUCUGCAACUGUCGAUGGGUUCCUUCUCCCUCUCCUUAUUCGGUCUGAUAGGGGUGGCCUUUGGAAUGAAUUUGGAGUCGUCCUUUGAAGAAGACCCUCGCAUUUUCUGGCUGGUAACCGGCUUCAUGUUCUUGGGCAGCGGGAUGAUAUGGAGACGACUGCUGUCAUUUCUGGGACGACAUCUAGAGCCUUCAGUGCCCCCUCUUAUCCCUCAAGUUUGGAAGAGAACUCUGAAAGCAUCAGACAUCAAGGCCGGAGUCAGAUGAUGUCCUACCUCCAUUCGGUGAAAUGCCACAGACCUCCUACAGACCUCCUACAGACUCUGCAGCUUUAAGGACUAUUGUUUUAUCGCCCUGGACCUUCUGAAUUCUAUACAAAGGCCUCAUUGUUUUACUCCACUGUGCCUUUAGCCGAGGUUGAGACUGCAUUCAAAUGUCUGGAGACUCCAAUGUCUUAUGUGUGCUUUUGUGUCCCCUACAUUUCUGGAACUAUGUUGCUAGUAUUUCAGAUACUUUAUUAGAUGUCUUGAUAUCUAAUUGUAUUGAUGCAUUGGCACAGAGUGUUGCUUGGUCAUCUGUGGUUUUAUAUCAGUGCGUGGAUGCUGACGAGUGGCAGCAUUGGAUCUAAAACGGACAACAACCCCAACUAAUGAUAACUGGACAUGCACUUGUAUGUUCCUUCAUUUAAAGGGGGAAAUACAGUGCUAGAAGAUUAUUUAAAUCAAUAUGAGCGAAGUUUAUUUAAAUUAAUGUGAACCAAAUUAAUAUGUUGAGUUUAUUGAGAAGGUUUAUAGUGUUAUUUCUGUUAUGCUCAGUGUGUAAGUAUUUGCCUUUGUUGAGUGUUGACAGCGUGCAACAGCGUAACAUCCAUAUUGAAGACUACCAGAAAAUGUUUCUGCUUGGAAAAACAAGGAUUUGCCAGAUGAUAAUCUCAUAUCUGCUGUGUCUGUCAACAUAACUGAUGAAAAGCGACACACAGGACACAUUUUCAGGCACAAGCUCUGAGCAGCAUAAGCAAUUAUUUCUCAGUCUUUAAAAAACAUUUUACAAGUUUUGAGUUGAUAUUGUGUCUCCCUUUGUUAUUGUGAGUGUCUCCAAAUUUAAUUUGCUAAAAAAUUAAAGAUAUCUUAACA